AGGUGAUACGUGCAACCGUUAGGUGAACAAAACUAUAAUACUCUGUGAGCUCAAACCAGAAUAUGAUGGUGUGUUGGAAGAAUACCUCCAUUUAGGUCACAUGGAGGAAGUAAGCCCAUGCGAAAAUAUCAUCAACGGCAAAUACUACUCAUUUUAUUUGCCACAUCAUACAGUAGCGAAGCCAGAUAAAAAAUCAACUAAAGUAAAACUAUUUUAUUAGAAAAUGAACACGGCAAAAACAGUGCACAAGAGCUUUCCACAUUUGUACCUUCUGAAAAGAUGCAGUUUGAAGAUGCAAGAGACGGAAAUUUGUUGCAGAAUUGCCAUGAAUUAAAUUUGCACAACUGCAACGAAUCAACUGAAGCAGGAGUCCCUUUUGAACACUUACUCGAAUUUACACAAGAACUAUCCACUGAAUCAAUUAAAGAGCAUGAACCAAAUGAAAAUUAUAAGAUUGUCAAUAUGGCUACCAAACUACAUGAAGUAGACGAGCUGCUUAAACAAAUGCAACAGCAACAAUACUAUAAGACGGAUUGUUUUGGUUUAGAUAAUGACAAAGAAGAACAAGAGGAAAAUUUUAGAGAACUUGUUAUUUCGUUAAUGGAUAAUCAUCUGGAAAGCCAACAAUCUGAUUCGGAACAUGAAAGGAUUUUAGCUGAUAACGAUGAGAUUUGUGAAAGUUCAGCAUUAAAUUCUCUAAUUAUUGGCCAAGAGUGUCAAACUGAAAAAUUUGAUUAUGCAUUAAUUACAAAGCGUCCUUGUAAAAGCAAUUUUACUUUUGCAUCGGAUAUUCUGGAACCUCCUUCAGAAUGUGAAACAUCUCCUUGUGAUUUAUUACACAUCAAUGUAUGUAAUACUAUAAAAGACCACAACAGCCUACAUUUAGACGAAAUUACGUCCGAAAAUAUUAGACUAAAAAUGCUCGCAUCUUCGUUAUCUGAAAGUGAACCACAUAUAUUUGAAGUUGGUAUGUGGAACCAAAUUUUAUCAAAUAAUAGAGGGACUGAGCUAUUGAACUUCAACAUAAGCGCAACGUUAACCGAUACAGUAGGUACUUCAAGUGACACUGAGUCAACAAUAAUUUUCGCUGCAGCUAAACCAAGCAGUAAGAAUGAAGUACAUGAAAUCCUAACAGAAAAUCAUAAAAAUAUUCGCAUCAACGCAUGGGAUGGAGCGCAGGCUGCAACUCGUCGAAGGACCUUCCAAAGAGGGAAUGCUCUGCGAAAUGACUCGAUAGUUGACGAGAGACAGUUAUUUAAUUCAAAAGAUGAGAAUCGGAACCUAUUCAAGCAAAAAUCUGAGUUAUAUUCAAAUGGUUGGUACAUAUUUUAGUAAUAACAUAUUUAUUGUUGUGUUAUACUAUUGUUCUUUGCAUUGAAAUAUGGUAUAUUGUUUAACUAGUAUCCUCCUUUGUGUUUGCGGCGUAUUAAAUAUAAGUAUCAUAUAAUAUCAUA